AUGGCUGAUGAGAAGGGUAGCAUUUUUGCGUUUGUUUUUCCCAAUCAGUUGGAAAUUAUUGCAUCUGAACCACAAACACAUAAACAAAUAAUAACACUCUAUAAUCCAUAUCAUUUUGCGAUCAAAUUUAAAGUGAAAUGUACAAAUUCACACAAUUUUUCGGUGAUCGAACCAUGUGGCAUAUUGAGAGCAUCAUGUUCUACUGAUAUUAUUAUUCGGCAUGUUGCUUUACAAUUUCAAACAAGUCCUGGUCUAGAAACAUUUCGUAUCGAAAUUUGUUCGUUGCAUAAUCAAAAGAUUUCUGGAUCGAUUGAUGUUCCUGUUCACAUUGUGGAAACUACGCCAAAAUUUAGUCAGUCACGAUGUUAUCAAUUGUUACCAACAAGCAGUACUAAUCAUCCGUCUGUUCGUGGUAGCACAAAUUCAGCUCAGUCUUCGCCAAUUUUGCGAGCACAUUUCGAUGUAACUUCACCUUUGGUAAUGAUAUGUGUUGGUGCGGUUAUCGUAUGCGCAGUUGCAUUGAUGCUUCCAACUGAAGGACUGGAUGUAUCAACAAUGAUACCGGAUUGGUUACAUAUUUCCGUUCAUCUUAAAUUAGUUUUCGCCUAUAUUUUAGGUCUCGUUACAUUGGUUCUACUAAGGCCAGGUUGA